UGGUAUGCGUUUUAAUUCAUGUAACUCACUACCUACUCGCGUUGUCGCUUGUGUCACGACUCUUGCUUGCUCCUGUCAGAAGUAUAGUUCCUACGGACAGUUACGCUAACAUUUAAAUCCUCCAGGACCUUUCUUCUUUUUAACUGUAAAAAGAUAAAAUAAUAAGACGAAAAUGUGUGACGAAGAAGUAGCCGCUUUGGUCGUUGACAAUGGAUCCGGUAUGUGCAAAGCCGGAUUCGCCGGUGAUGACGCACCCCGUGCUGUAUUCCCCUCAAUCGUGGGAAGGCCAAGACAUCAGGGUGUAAUGGUCGGUAUGGGACAAAAAGACUCUUACGUAGGAGACGAAGCACAAUCAAAGAGAGGUAUCCUGACUCUUAAAUACCCAAUUGAACACGGUAUCGUCACCAACUGGGAUGACAUGGAGAAAAUUUGGCACCACACUUUCUACAACGAGCUCCGAGUUGCGCCUGAAGAGCACCCCGUUCUCCUUACCGAGGCUCCAUUGAACCCAAAAGCCAACCGUGAGAAGAUGACGCAGAUCAUGUUCGAAACUUUCAACACACCUGCUAUGUACGUCGCUAUCCAGGCUGUGCUUUCUCUCUACGCUUCUGGUCGUACCACUGGUAUCGUUCUCGAUUCCGGAGACGGUGUCUCGCACACAGUGCCCAUCUACGAGGGUUACGCUCUACCUCACGCUAUCCUCCGUCUCGACUUGGCUGGACGUGAUCUCACCGACUACCUUAUGAAGAUCCUCACCGAGAGAGGAUACUCUUUCACCACCACCGCCGAGCGUGAAAUCGUUCGUGACAUCAAAGAAAAACUUUGCUAUGUUGCUCUGGACUUUGAGCAAGAAAUGGCCACCGCUGCUUCAUCAUCUAGCUUGGAGAAGAGUUACGAACUUCCUGACGGACAGGUCAUCACCAUCGGAAACGAGCGAUUCCGUUGCCCAGAGGCUCUCUUCCAGCCCAGCUUCUUGGGAAUGGAAGCUUGCGGUAUCCACGAAACCACCUACAACUCAAUCAUGAAGUGCGACGUGGACAUCCGUAAGGACUUGUACGCCAACACUGUCCUCUCUGGAGGUACCACCAUGUACCCAGGAAUCGCCGACAGAAUGCAAAAAGAAAUCACUGCUCUGGCUCCAUCUACCAUGAAGAUCAAGAUAAUCGCUCCCCCAGAAAGAAAAUACUCCGUAUGGAUCGGUGGUUCCAUUCUUGCUUCUCUGUCGACCUUCCAACAGAUGUGGAUCUCUAAACAAGAGUACGACGAGUCUGGACCAUCCAUCGUCCACAGAAAGUGCUUCUAAGCGUAUUAAUCAACAUGCACUUACUACAUUUACCAACAUAAUUUUAAUAUUACUACAUACUGUCAUCAUUAAUCAUCAUUUGUCCGAAUCCCCACAUCCAAGACACGGUUGAUCGUUAAAUUCAGGAGGAGAGAAAAAGAUUAAGAGAAAGAGAGUUUGCUAUUCUCUAAUUUAUUAUUUCCCGAUAUCUUUACACCUCACUAAAUAAUUUUAUUUUUUCAUACAAUUUAUUAUUUAUAAUUAAUAAUAAUUAUUAUUAUUAUUAUAUACAUUUUCACGUAUUUCUACUACCUCCUGCCCUCACCUCCGUGAUUAUUAUUUAUUUAUUUAAUAAUAAUCACUGAGGUGAUGAUUUUUUUUUUGACUUUAUGAUAAAAAAAUAAUUAAAUAAACAAACAACAUUCCACAAGACUUACCUCGUUUUUUCGAGUGUGCUUCAUUCCUAGCGACGACAGGGCCUCAUAAUUUUUAAUCUAUUAAUCUAUUGCUAAUUAAUGUUUAUUUCAUGCAUAUAUAUAAUAAAUAAUUAUAUAUAAAUAUAUUAGUAUUAUAAUUAAGAUGCACUGAUAGGUAAAAAUAAAUAAAGAAAAAAAAGAAAAAACAAACUUUAAUUAAUCUAAUUAUCAAGUUUUUUGUACGGGGUUUGGGCAGUGAAAUUUCCAAAAAUAAAAUAACAGCUCAAACUAUUGAUAAUACAACCUGAGGUGAAGUAUAUGGGAAGUAAUUUAAUAGAGAGCGAAUGAAAGGCAGUGAUAAGAAAAGAAAAUAAGUGAAAGCAUUAAAGACACAAUUAAAGACGCCCUAAAUGCGUAGCCAAAGUAUUAUAAUUUAUUCCCAUUAUAUUGUGCAAGUUUACUCACGUACACAAUUAAAGAUUACAUUAGGCUUAUGGGAUAGUAAAAUAAACUCUUUGGAUUAAUAACAAAAACAAAUAAAAAUUAAUCGACUGGAA